UGAGGCGUCUUGUGUGCUUGCAAGAAGUAUUGUCGCAUUAAAAAGCGUCGGAAAUCGUGAGCGGCAAUGACUUAUGGUUGUUUUAUGUAAAUCGCGAAUGCCAACAGUCGGAACCUCGUCACCAACUUGAAAGAAAAAUAGCAAAGCGUGAAUUGAGGUACAGUGAGGUUAGGUUUGAGGAUUUCUUUUAAAUUGUAGUUGUGUAGUUAUCAAUUUACGGCGUUUACGACUGACAGUGGAUCACGAAACUACACUCUUUGCUUCUUAUUAAAUAAAAUAAUGCUACGGCGGCCCGCAAGUUGGCAGAACCGUUUAUGUGUUUGCCGGAAUUUGGCGCGAUACUUUGCCGGACCGAGCCAGCUGUCAAAGAUUCAUAAAGGUCCUGGUCAGUGCUACCCUAAACGUCAUAAAUAGUAUUGCUCAAUUUACAGUGUUAGAAAGUGAAGUUCGAAGUAGAAUGAACUGAUUUAGGCCGUAUUUAUUUUUUAAUUUUUUACGAUUCCUUUUCUGUGCUAAAGUUUGAUGGUUAUGUCUGACAUCAAAUCAAACAUUGCGUUACUUUGUAAAUUCCUCAAGAUACUUUAUGGAUGUAACAUGAAAAAUGAACAUUUUCGUUUGGCGAAAUUUAACUCCACAAAAGAGGACACAGUGAGCCAAUUUUGGCAGUUACUCUUCAGAAUAUGUCAUGAUGAAUUCAAAGUAAACAUUUUUUAUGGAGAAAACAUUGUCAAUUUUGUUAAACUGAACCUGGCACUAUUGAAGUAUGAUAGCCUUCAAUUCUAUUCCUUGCCCACUGACAUGUCUUCUGGUAGUAGAGAGUUGCUUCUAGCAUUUGCCUGGCUUUUAGCAUCACAAGAUAUUCUUGAAAGGGCAACUCACAGAAAAAUUGUGAAUUCUAAUGCAAGUAGAGAAUAUGCCCAUUUGGAUUUUUGUGAGAUUCAUAGUGAAACUCAGAAUGCAUGUGGUUUGCCACACUUAUCCACAGGAGAUGCAAAAUUAAUUUAUGAUACCAAAGAUUCUUCGAAUGGAUAUGAACAUCUGUUUAAUUGCACUCUACUCUUAGAGACCCGCAGUAGCUGGUCAAAGAAAUGUUCUACGUUCUGGGAAUGGAUGGAGACUGUAGUUGCAGAGAGAGAUAAAGAAGUUUCACAAGCAUUUGGUAUUGAAGCAAGGUGCUUAAUACUACGUUUUAUCAAGGUUCUAAAAAGAAUUAUACAAGCUGUAAUGUUUGAGAGGAAAUCAGAAGUGUCACCUGGGACUGCUAAACCUUCCACUUCUGAAGAAGCAUGUGUUGAAGAUGAAGAAACUUUCCUUGGAGUUCCCCGUUUUAUUUUACAUUCAGGAAAUAAUGAAACAGACAUGGCUAAAUUGUUAUCAGAUCUAACUGAUCAAGAAACACAUCUCAAGACGGAAUAUUCUCUUAAUAUAGAGGAUGUGAAAAAUUUUCUUGGGCAUUUGUCAAAGAAAUUGAAUGGAGUUACUUUUCUGAAUAUUUAAACGCAUAGACCAAUAGUUAUAAAAAACAAAAUUAUUUUCAGUAGAAAACAUUUCAAGAUCCUGGAAUGCUAAAUUCAAUUAAUUCACGUGUUCUGUAUCAAUUUCCAGAUGCAACUCCAAAAAGGCUCAGUAUUCUUCAGCUCCUUCCACAGAAUCCAUGCCAACUUCUUCAUAGUCCUUCUCCAAAGCUGCCAGAUCUUCACGACCCUCUGAAAACUCUCAUUCCUCCAUGCCUUCACCAACGUACUAGUUCACGCUUGGCAUACAUAAGGUCAAAUUUGUGGUCAAAACGAGCCCACGCUUCAGCAAUUGCAGUGUUUGACAACAUGCAAACAGCACGUUGAACCUUUGUCAAGUCACCUCCAGCCACAAUUGUAGGCCGCUGGUAGUUAAUGCCCACCUUGAAUCCAGUAGGACACCAGUCCACUAACUGAAUGGUCCUCUUAGUCUUGAUGGUGGCAGUGGCAGCAUUCACAUCCUUGGGGGCAACAUAUAUAUAUAUAUAUUACAAUUUAAAUUAUGGUGUUUUAAAAGUGGUACGUGAAGUUACAAUAUUUUCUAAACGGAAUAGUAUAGCAGAAAGAUUUAUAAAAAUGUUUGAGUGUUUUGCUUUCAAAUUGUAAAUAAAUUAAAAUAUGUAAAGUUGCAGUAGUGUUAAAUAAGUAAUUACUUCUGUAAAUUAAUUUAAAAAAUAUUUUUAUGUUAUUUUUGAAAAAACAUUUUCACUAACUGCUUUUGUCUCUUUUCUAAGGUAUAAAUUAAUUUGUGGAUGCAGAGACCCUGGAGUGUUUUAUGUUUUGUUUGAAAACUGUUAAUUUGUCCCACAAAGGGAUACAAUUUAUUUCAGAAUGAUAACAUUUAUGAUUUUCACACUUUGAAAUGCUCAAAUCAAAGAAACUGGUAAAGAAAACUUGGAUUGAUAGACGGAGGAAUAUUUUUGGCCCAUGAAGUGGGUCUACGUUUGGCAGGUUAAGUAAGAGACUACAUAUUGGAACAGCCAGAGGCUGCAUGUGUGUUUAUUAUUUACCAUAACCCCUGUCAGUUAACCCUUUCUGGCUGAGUAAGUGCCCAGGGACUCUUUCUUUCCUCCCAUAGUGCAAGAAAAUGCCCUUUACACCACAGUGCCCAUUUUGCAAAUAGCACUAUUAUGCCAAUAAUUACAGAGCUUGUAUAUAUACACCCCCCCUUACACAUAUACAUUCCGAAGAUAUGGAACAGACAACUAGUACUUCUCCCAAAGGGGAAAAAAACUCCUGAAGAGCCGGUGUCUUACCAGCCACUGUGCAUGCCUAAUACUGCAGGUUAAUUUUCUAAUCUGUGAGAUCUGUAAAAAGUGAGCAGCAUUUAGUAGUACUCAAUUUGAGAAUGCAACAUUUAAAGAUGUGCCUAAGUAAGAGUUUUAUUUUUUAUAGUUAGAAUGGGUAAACCAAGAAAAAAAAGAGGGAUUAUACUUUGUGUUUAUUUGCCUUUUAUUUUCAUAUCAGAUUGUACACUCCUUGCUAAGUGGUGUAUUAUAGUGUAUAACACUUCACAAUACAUUUUAGAACUGAGAGUACUAAAUGGAAAUAAUUUUUACUUACAAAAAAUUACAAGGAGACAUUUGUGAAUAAUUAUCGAUAAUUUACAUUUGAUUUUCAAAAUGAUAAAUAACACUGUAUGUACACUGUCUUGAUAUAAGAAGUAAUUUAUACAACAAGGAUUGUUAUUCAAAAAGGUAACUCAGUUUUCUAUCACUCUCUUGCCCCCCCCCCAGGUUUGUUAAUGUAAAUUUUGUCUUAAUAAUAACAAAAAAUGAAGUUUUCAUGGAGGAUAAAGAGAAUAAGAAAUCUUAAUUAAAUCAAACGGCAUCAUAGCAAAAUUCUCAGUCCAUAUCUUUCUUAUUUCAUAACAAAGUUAAUGAAAUCACAUUUCAUACUUCUUUCUAAUUUCAUUUAAUGUUUCUUCAGUGGUGCAUUUUUCAGCUAAUUCUUCUUUCCAAUUUUGAAGGUCAUUAUUCAAUUUUUGGAAAAGUUCUCUGCCGAUAUUUAUUUCUGAUGAACUUAAAAAUUUUAAAUUCAAAUUAAAUCUUUGAGAUUUUGAUAACGCAUCCAGUAAGCCAAACACAAAGGGUAUAUCAGACUUUGUAAUUUCAGUAAAUAAAUAUAAUUCGAAUAUGUCACUUAAAAAACCAACAGGUAUAUCCACAUCAAACAGCUUUUGAAUACGUGGAAGCUCAAUUUUUUUUAAUAACUUUAAACGAUCAAUCUGUUUUGCAUACCUCCACGUUUUAAGGAAUUCGCCUAUUGUUGUGGGUAACUUCCAGUCAUCGGAAUCAUUUGUAUUUUUUUUCAGUAAAUUGUUAGGUGUGUUGUCAGUUGGUUUUUUCAUUCCUGCAACGGUGUUCCAUAUAACAUAUCUACCAGAUGAGUCUUGAACUUUGUCUGUUUUGUCCAGUGGUUUGAGAUGAGCAGCCAUUACAAUUUGUCUAAAUUCUUCAUAAGAGGCCACCUUUUGUUCAACUGCCCUGAAUUUAGCAUCAUUUUGUUGCCAGUAUCUUUCUUCUGCUUGUAUUCGACCAUGUAGCUCUUUUUCCAAAGAACAAAAAUCUAUUGGUGAAUCGUCCAUUUUUUAAUAUUAUUAUUUUUUUUUUUUUCAGUAAAUGAAAUUAUUCACACGAUCUUCAUAAAUAUUUAACAUCUAUAACUGUUCAUAUCCCUGAAACAUUUGGAAUUAUUGUAAACACAAGAAUUUCUUUUCGGAAAGACAUACGAUUUCAAGCAAUAAAACGAGCGUUACUUUAAGAAAUAAGAGAAUAGGAAACGUUUUACAACACUUCGGCUGGAGACAAAUAUAAAUUGUUUGUUCGAUGUCUGACGCUCCGCUCCGUUUCAUAGGAAACGCGCAGGGCCGGUUCACUCAAUGUUAAAAUGCGGGGGACUGAGUUUGUUUCC